CACGCCGGGGCUCCCGGGUCGGUCCCCGGAAGGCCCGAGGGCGCGGCCCCCGGAGCGGCCCGUCGGCGGUGGCUGCUGGUCUGAGGCUGCGAGGAUGGGGAGUGGGGCAGCCGCCCGGAGUGGGCCCUCUGGGGCUGCCCUGCGCGCUCUCCCCCUGGGCCGAUAGGUUAAGCUGCGCGCCGGUCAACGAUGAUGCUUAUUUUACAACGUUGAGAAAACCGGCCUCUGCACCCAACCGUGUUAUUGUUUAUUAGUCCCGGUUUCCCCACCUCUGGAGGUCGGCGUCCGAUCUCUUGUCAGAGGAGGGUUUUAGGGUGACCUCGACGGAAGGGGAGCAUAUUGGGGACUUCUGGCUGCUUUAGGGGGCCUCUGUUUUACUCUGAGCGCUAGAAGUGUCUUAGCCCGCCAGGGUGGGGCCAGGCGCGCGCGUGAGAGCCCUGCUUUCCAAUCUCUUGGGUCUCCCAUUGGCUCCUCUGGACAAACCUCGUCUUCUAGCCUCUCCCUUUGCAGAGAAAACUUGGUGAAAUAAAACUCAACUCUUUGGUUUACCCCUUUCUGCUGACGUCCUUGGUCUGAUGCUAAUUAGCUGUGCCAUUUUAACAGCGUUUACAAACCUUCUUUGAUUCAAGAUGAGUGAUAAGCCAGAUUUGUCUGAAGUGGAGAAGUUUGACAGAUCAAAACUGAAGAAAACUAAUACUGAAGAAAAAAAUACUCUUCCUUCAAAGGAAACUAUCCAACAGGAGAAAGAGUGUGUUCAAACAUCGUAAAAUGGGGAUUUCCUCCCAAGAUCAAAUUUCAACACUGCCUGAGUGUCUUGGAUUUGGGCUCGUUUUUUUUUUGUAAACCUUUGUGUUGUAGAGAUUUUAGGCAUCUUCUGAUGUCUUCUCACCCAUGCUCCCUGGCUAAGAGGUCAGGGGUAGCCAAUUUUCCCUUAUGUUCAUUUUUAAAGUUUUCAUUGGUGCGUAAGUUCCAGCUGGCAGAUGCUGUCAAUAAUCUCACCAUCGAUGAGCUUUGUUUGUGUAGUCCAUGCACCCCCUACAGGAUAAACCACUUUUAAUCUUCUACAAUGAGCGUCUCCAUUGCUCCAUAAUCUUCAUGAAGUUGCAUGCGUUUGCAGCUUCUCACAGUUUAUUUUCAUUUCUAAUGUAGUGAUAAAAUAAUAAAUAUAAUCAUUACGUUGAGA